AUGCUUCACCGAGACUCGAUUGGAGACAAGGACUUGCUCCGGCGGAAGACGCCGCCAAACCCAAAGUACAAGGAUGUAAAGGCCGUUGUCGAGACUGGGCUAACAGCGGAGCUGGCGCAGUUCAUAAAGCAGACGAGCGCCGUCACGCAGCGUCAGCCCGGCGAGGCGUUUCUGCGCAUCCGCUCCAAGGCAGUGGCGGACUACAUUGUGCAGCUGCAACAGGCGCAGGAACAGACGCAGGCUGUGGAGGACGGCGGCUUCGCUCACCCUAUGGACGAGUACCGCCCAGCCAACGCCAGGCCGGCGAAGGAAUAUCUCAUCCUAGACGUGCGAUCAGAAGAGGAGUACGCAGCCUGCCACAUUGAGGGGGCGCUGCACUAUCCCAAGCGAAAGAUGGUGCAUGCAACCAACCCGUUCCUCCCAGAGAUGUUUGCGUUCAAAAAUAAGGAGAAUAAGUUAAUUGUGGUAUACGACCUGGAGGAGGAACUGACAGUUGGGCAAAACGUGGCCACAAUCAUUUUUGAAAAGGGUAUCGACAACGUGGCGGUACUGGCUGGCGGAUUGCGAGAGUUCGUGCAGGACCACGAAUCGCUUAUUGUAGGCGAGUCGCCUGUGCCCAUUAUUCCACGCGACGUUCGAUUGCAGAAGCGGGCAGAAGCGUUGUCUGCUGCACGGAGCGAAACACACCGAAGCGCCUUCACACAUAAACCGAAAAGUCUGUCAAAUAGCCUGGCGAAGCCCAGGGUCCGCUGA